GGCUAGUGGAAGCUCCCAGCAGCAGCUACCGCAUCCUCUUGACGUUCAUGUUCAUGGACACUGAAUGCACCUAUGACUACCUGUUCAUCUACGAUGGAGAUUCUCCCAGCAGCCCUUUGCUGGCCAGCCUCAGCGGCAGCACACUGCCCCCCACCAUCGAGGCCACCUCUGGCAAGAUGCUGCUGCACCUGUUCAGUGACGCCAACUACAACCUCCUGGGCUUCAAUGCCACCUACACGGUCUCACUGUGCCCAAUGGGCUGCUCGGGACACGGGAUCUGCGACAACGACGGGCACUGCACAUGCUUCCAAGGUUGGGGCGGCGAGGGCUGCUCCAUGCCUGACUGCGUCACCUACUGCCAGAGCCAUGGCAGCUGCAGCCAGGGCUCAGAUCAUUGCCGGUGUGAACCGGGCUUUGUGGGCCGGGCCUUGUGA